CACAAUCCGACGGAUACCUGUUAUCUUAAUAAACAGGCAGUUAAUUUGCAUACCUGCAAGAUUCCUUCACUUCAUUAAACGUCGCAGUCUAUAUAUUUGUGUGGCGUAUCUUAUUGGUUGAGCACGCCUUUAACGUUACGCAAUAUGGAAGACCUAAAAUAUUUAUCCGGAUUUGGGUCCGAGUUCGCCAGCGAGGACCCGCGGAAACCGGGAGCGCUGCCUGUUGGACAGAACAGCCCGCAGCGGUGCGCCUACGGUCUGUACGCCGAGCAACUGUCUGGAAGCGCCUUUACUGCGCCCAGGCAUGACAACAAGCGAUCCUGGCUAUACAGGAUUCGCCCGUCUGUGAUCCACAAGCCUUUCAAGCGAUCCAAUGUGGCGAGAUAUCUCACGCACAAUUGGGACGAAGCCGACCCAGAUCCUAAUCAGUCUCGCUGGUAUCCAUUCGACAUCCCCUCGUCAAAACAAGUGGACUUCGUGGGGGGUCUCCACACGGUGUGCGGCGCGGGCGACCCCCGCUCGCGGCACGGCAUCGCCAUCCACGUGUACCUGUGCAACGACUCCAUGCGGAACAGUGCCUUCUACAGCAGCGAUGGAGAUUUCCUCAUUGUUCCACAACAAGGUGUUCUGAACAUAACUACGGAAUUCGGAAAAAUGGAGGUUCGCCCCAACGAAAUAGCUGUCAUCCAACAGGGAAUGAGAUUCUCCGUCGCUGUAAAUGGCCCAACUAGGGGAUAUAUCUUGGAGGUAUUUGACGGGCACUUCAAGCUGCCAGACCUCGGGCCCAUCGGCGCCAACGGUUUGGCCAACCCUCGAGACUUCCUCACGCCUGUUGCUCACUAUGAUGACAGAGACAUUCCCGGAUUUAAGAUCGUAAACAAGUACCAAGGCGCACUGUUCGAGGCGGAACAGAACCAUUCACCGUUCGACGUGGUGGCGUGGCACGGGAACUACGUGCCAUACAAAUACGACCUCGGCAACUUCAUGGUCAUCAAUUCAGUCUCCUUCGACCAUUGUGAUCCAUCCAUCUUCACAGUCCUGACGUGCUCGUCCGUCAAGCCCGGCGUCGCUAUCGCGGACUUCGUCAUAUUCCCGCCGCGGUGGUCCGUGCAAGAGAAUACAUUCAGACCUCCGUACUAUCACCGAAACUGUAUGAGCGAGUUCAUGGGUCUGAUCCUGGGGUCCUACGAGGCUAAGGAGGGCGGGUUCCUCCCCGGAGGAGCGUCUCUACACUCGAUGAUGACCCCGCACGGCCCCGACGACAAGUGCUUUAACGCUGCGUCGCAAGCAGCAUUGGUGCCGCAGAAGAUUGCUGUGGGAACGCAGGCGUUUAUGUUCGAAUCGUCGCUGAGUAUGGCGAUCACAAAAUGGGGCGCCGAGACAUGCCAGAAACUUGACGCGAAAUACUACGAGUGCUGGCAGAACUUGCCCAAACUGUUCACUGAUCAAUUGGAUGUUUAAGCUUUUAUAUGUAUUCCAGGUUUUUAUAUCUAAUAAAUAUUGUUGCAUAUUG